CUCUCCUUCACUGUCACUUGUUACAGGUCCCGUAAUUGGAUGACGUCGCGGCCAGUCGUCGGAGUCUCGCGACAUCCCGAGAACCAAUGAGACGCUAGUGGGCGCGUAUAAAGACCCGGAUGCGACACGAGCGCGGGAGAAGCGUUUGCUUUGUUUUGUUUGCUCUCCUGCGUUUGCUGUCGUGUUUUUGCUCUUGUUUAGUUUGAUUUGUUUAUUGUGUGUUUUCUUCACUUGGAACUGUGUUCAUCAUGCCCUACUACUGAUACUGUGAUUAUGGCGUGACUCGACUCUUGAUUUGUCAGAGUUUGUUCAAGUCCUUCUCCGAUACAUAGUGAUGGGACCAGGUUAGUAUGUCACGUGACUUACACCUCGCAACACGUAGAGUAAAGUUGUUUAAACACACUAGUUUAGGAGCGGGUGCCAAUUUAUGUAUUUAUGUUUGUUAGUUAGUGUAGAUAGCGGUGUUCUACACUGAAGAUGUUAUUUUCCUUGCUUUCUUUUGAUUAGUUUAGAAUUUGUUGGGGUUUAGUUAACUUGUUUUGUUUUAUUGAUUUUUUUUGUUUUAGCACCGCUCUCGUCCCUCGCUUUGUUAUCGUUUAUUUUACUUUUGUACAUAAUUUGUAAAUAGGUAUUUGUUUGUUUUGGAUGUAUGUUUGGUUCACUGCUUAUUGUAUCAUUGGUGUUUUGUUACAUUGAAUUAUUUUUCCCUUACUAAAAGCAACUACAAAUUUAGUUCUUCUCUGCCUGUUUCUUUACUACACACAUCACAUCUCCUUAAUAAAUGAGUCCAUUCUUUUAACAGCUUUUUAAUAGUUAAUCUUUUCUCAUGUUACGUCUCCAUAUCCUCUAGACGCCAGGGGGACGUAACAUAAUUGGGGGCUCGUCCCAAAGCGAUGCUGUCUCCUUUGUUAAGGAAUAAGGUGUGUGUGGUUACAGGCAGAAUUUUGUGUGAAUGCAGGUUGAGCAAAUUUGGUCUCGUGGCAUAUGUUGAUGAGUUUUGAUGGCGUUUAACUUGCAGAGCUUUGUUAAUAAUCCCUCAUUAGAGGUGAUUGAGAAGUGCAGAAAAGAUGAGUUGUUAAUUAUAGCUAACCACUUCCAAAUUGCGAUUCCAAAGCAAACUUUAAAAAAGAAAAUUAAAGCUGAAUUGAUUGACUGCUUAAUUGACUCUGGAGUGUUAAGCUUGCCGGUGGUAGACCGAGGGGCAGAUCUUGCGGGCAUGGAGCAGAAUGCUGGGAAGGUAGGUGAAGGUGAGGGCGAGUUAGUCACAGCGGAGGCGGAGGCUACCGUUGGGGCAACUCUUCCACCUUUUGAACCUUUUUCACCAGUCUCUCCCAGGUCAACAGGGGAGGCGCAGUUGAGAGUGCGGAUUGAACGGCUCCGUAUGGAAGCUCGAGAAAGAGCACAAUCCCGCCAAGCAGAACUAGAUCUGCGUCUACAGGUGCGCAAGCUCGAAAUUGAAGCCGAUAAGGAGGUUAAGCUUCGACAGUUGGACAUCGAGGCGGCGAAGGCUGCUGCGGUUUCCUCUGUUCCACAGAACUCUUCAUCGAACUACAAUCUUGAGAUCCGGUACAAGAAGGGUACAGAUAAUGUCGUGGCAGACGCUCUGUCUCGGGUCUAAGGAAGAGUACCUACUGGUAUAGGUUGGUUCUAUCAAACAUGUGUAUGUUUGUUUUUUAAGGGUGGGGGUGUUACGUCUCGUAGCGUUCUCUCUCUCUCUCUCUCUCUCUCUCUCUCUCCUUCACUGUCACUUGUUACAGGUCCCGUAAUUGGAUGACGUCGCGGCCAGUCGUCGGAGUCUCGCGACAUCCCGAGAACCAAUGAGACGCUAGUGGGCGCGUAUAAAGACCCGGAUGCGACACGAGCGCGGGAGAAGCGUUUGCUUUGUUUUGUUUGCUCUCCUGCGUUUGCUGUCGUGUUUUUGCUCUUGUUUAGUUUGAUUUGUUUAUUGUGUGUUUUCUUCACUUGAAACUGUGUUCAUCAUGCCCUACUACUGAUACUGUGAUUAUGGCGUGACUCGACUCUUGAUUUGUCAGAGUUUGUUCAAGUCCUUCUCCGAUACAUAGUGAUGGGACCAGGUUAGUAUGUCACGUGACUUACACCUCGCAACACGUAGAGUAAAGUUGUUUAAACACACUAGUUUAGGAGCGGGUGCCAAUUUAUGUAUUUAUGUUUGUUAGUUAGUGUAGAUAGCGGUGUUCUACACUGAAGAUGUUAUUUUCCUUGCUUUCUUUUGAUUAGUUUAGAAUUUGUUGGGGUUUAGUUAACUUGUUUUGUUUUAUUGAUUUUUUUUGUUUUAGCACCGCUCUCGUCCCUCGCUUUGUUAUCGUUUAUUUUACUUUUGUACAUAAUUUGUAAAUAGGUAUUUGUUUGUUUUGGAUGUAUGUUUGGUUCACUGCUUAUUGUAUCAUUGGUGUUUUGUUACAUUGAAUUAUUUUUCCCUUACUAAAAGCAACUACAAAUUUA